AUGGCUUUCAUUCAUUUGGAUGUCAGAUGCCUAUAUGCCAUUCUUAUUUGCACAGCAUUUGGCUCUACUUUGUCUUCAAACACUGAGAUAAAAGUUAAUCCUCCUGAGGAUUUUGAGAUAGUGGAUCCUGGAUAUUUAGGUUAUCUCUAUUUGCAAUGGCAACCUCCAGUGUUUCUGGAUAAUUGUGAGGAAUACACAGUAGAAUAUGAAUUAAAAUACCGAAACAUCGACAGUGAAAACUGGAGGACCAUCAUCACUAAGAAUCUCCUUUACAAAGAUGGGUUUGAUCUUAACAAAGGCGUUGAAGCAAAGAUACAUACAGUUCUACAAGGGCAAUGCACAAAUGGAUCUGAAGUUCAGAGUUCAUGGUUAGAAGCUAGUUAUUGGACAUCACCUCAAGGAAAUCUGGAAACUAAAAUUCAGGAUAUGGAUUGUAUAUAUUACAACUGGGAAUAUUUACUGUGCUCUUGGAAACUUGGUAUGGAUGCCAACUUUGAUACCAAUUACUACUUGUUUUACUGGUAUGAUGGCUUGGACCAUGCAUUACAGUGUUCUGAUUACAUUGAGGAUAAUGGAAAAAAUAUUGGAUGCAGGUUUCCCUAUUUGGAGGAACCAGACUAUAAAAAUUUCUACAUCUGUGUUAAUGGAUCAUCAAAAUCCCAGCUUAUCAGACCCAGCUAUUUCAUUUUUCAGCUUCAAAAUAUAGUUAAACCUUUGCCACCAGACUAUCUUAAUAUUAUUGUGGAGAAGUCAGAGGAUAUUAACCUGGAAUGGAACAUACCUAAUGGACCCAUUCCAGCAAAUUGUUUCAUUUAUGAAAUUAAGUUCACAGAAGAUGAUACUACUUGGAUGUCUACCACAUUUGAAAAUGAAAUGUAUGUCACAAGAACAUCAAAUGAAAGCCAAGAAAUAUGCUUUUUAGUGAGAAGCAAAAUUAAUGUUUAUUGCGCAGAUGAUGGAAUCUGGAGUGAAUGGAGUGAAUUAGAAUGCUGGAGAGGUGUCCAGCAGGAUGAAAUCUUAGCUUUCUUGAUACCAUUUGCUUUUAUCUUACUUUUAAUUUUGAUAAUAACUUAUAUGCUUAUGAAUAAGCAAAAAGCUUUACAGAGAAUGAUUUUACAGAAAAAACAAGAAGUUUUUUCUCGUCAAGAAACACUCUGUUGA